UUUUGAUUUUUUCGACAUGAACAGUCAGAGCGCUGACGAGAUUCGAGCCAAGCGUCUCGCGCGCAUGGGACAGGCCUCCCAAGCCCAGUCGACCACACCGGCUGCGAGUGUCAGCGGAACUGCUCCUGCAUCGCCACCGCCUGCUGCUUCACCCGCUCCUGCUCCCAGUCCUGUUGCACCGAAGCCGAUCCAACGCGUGACUUCACCUGCACCAUCUCAGGCUAGUCCGAUGUGCACUUCGCCCGUGCGACCGACGACGCAGAGUCAGGCGCCAGAGACGAGCUUAAACCCAGAGUGGACGCACGCCUUGCUUGCACGCGUGUUGGAGGUCUCGCUUCAGCCCUGCCCAGCUCCUCUGAUGUACCUGGAUUCUCUGGCUGCCGAGCUUCUGUCCGAAUCUGCCCCAAUGCAAUUCACUGCAGACAUGACAGAGCGGCUUCUGAUCGAGCGCCUGGCCGGAUUUGCGGGCCAUCCAGAUCAAGUUCUACCCUUCAUGUUUCGCGCUUUCGGAGUCUGUGACCAUGAACAGCGCAUGCUUCCACGGACGGGGUCCUCAUUACGUUCAGAGCUGCUCGCAAACGCGCAGCAGCUGCUGAUCUCGUACACUGGCAUCUUUCUGCAGUACCCCGACUCAUUACUACAGGUCUCACCAAGCUUCCAACCGCAAUCACUCUUUGAUCAGUUUGUCCAGCACAUGAUCCGCGACUCAGACACACCGCACGGCAUGCCAGCUCCGUUCCUGGCCAGCUUUAUCGCUCGAUUCGAGAAGGAGGACAUUUCGACAGUCUUCCACCCGAUUCUGUCGGCUUUCUCGCGCGCCAUGCGUCGGUGCACGCUGGCCGAUGUCUUCCAGACCUAUUUGGGCGUGCUCACAGAGCUUGUUGGCUACAAGUCGAUCUGCACUGCGAUUGUCUCGCACCCCGACUUUCUGCCCGAGGCAGCGAACGGCCGCGAAUUCGAGUCCAAGGCGCUCUUGGCGCCAUUCUUUGCGCUCUCAGCCUUCCCGGAUGCUGUUGCCGCUCCCACGUCUGUGGCCGCCUUGCUUGCUCCGCCCGAGCCAGUGUAUACGCGAUUCUUUGCCGACCCCACCAAGCAGCUGUCGAGCGACGUGCAAGCAGCAAUGGCGUCCGUUCGGUCUGGCAUGCGUCUUGUCCAGGAAAAGCUUCACACAGUCAUGCUUCAGCUGCUCAAGCCAAAGGAUGAGCGAGAGAAAGUGCUCGACUUUUUCUCUCGAGCAAUCUCGAUCAACGCCAAGCGAGCACAAAUGCGGGCAUCGUUCCAACAUCACAGCACGGAUGGAUUCUGCUUCAAUCUUGUCGGCGUGCUGCUGCGCUUGAGUGACAAGUUUGCCGACCCUAUCAAUCCCAACAUGGCCAAGAUCGACAACGGCUACCUCUUGCAUCCUGACUCUCGCGUGCAUGUCGGGGACGAAACAAAGAUUGCCGCUGCUGCCGAUGAAGUCAGCCGCUGGAUUGAUCAGCGCAACUUUGCGCGCACCCAGGCCUUCCAACAAGCGCAAAAGAAACAGCUCAUCGACGACUCUACCAAAAUCACCGAGUUCAACCCUCCAAACUUUAUCACCGAGUGCUUCUACAUGACGAUGGCCGCACAUCACAUCGGCGUUGUGGCGACGCACCACAAGCUGGAGCCGUUGUUCCGGAAUAUGCAGGAGAUCAAGACUCGCCUUGAGCAGAUUGAGGGCCAACGCGCCCAGUGGCAAGGCACCCCUCAAGCAGCUCAGUACGAGCAAGCCGUGAAGAAGCUGAAGAGCAUGGAGGAGGAAAUCCGGAGCCAACAACUCGCGUACGAGACCAUCUUGGCCGAUCCGGACUCGUUGCUGCACACACUGUCUUUCUACAGCUUUGUUGCGCAAUGGCUGCUCAAGAUUGUCGACCCCAAAAACGCCGGACUUCCGUUGCCCGAAGCUCUUCCUCAAGUGUUUGCCUCCCUGCCCGAGUACUUUGUUGAGGACAUUGCCGAGUUUUUGGUCUUUGUGACGCGCAUGGCUCCCAACGUGGUGGAUCGCAUUUCGCUGGAUCCGCUCAUCCGAUUUAUUGUGACGUUCAUUGCAAGCGUCUCGUACAUUCGCAAUCCGUACCUGCGUGCCAAGCUUGUGGAGAUUAUUACCCGCCUCACCCCCGAGUUCACCGGGCAACGCGUGAAUCGCUUUGGCCAGCUGAUCGAGCGCCAUCCGCUUGCCAUCGAGCACCUGACUCCGUCCUUGAUUCAGUUUUUUGCUGACGUUGAAAACACUGGCAGCCACACUCAGUUCUACGACAAGUUUAACAUUCGCUACAACAUUGCCCAAAUCGUCAAGAACUUGUGGACAUCGCCCGACCACCUCGCUCAGCUGGUUAAAAGCAGCACGACCGAGUGCUUUGUCCGGUACAUCAACCUCCUGAUGACGGAUGUCACGUUCCUGAUCGACGAGGCGAUGGCAAAACUCGGCGAGAUUCGCGAUAUCGACCACUUGAGGGACAAUGCUGCCGCUUGGGCUGCGACGCCUCAAGAAGAGCGCCAGAGCCGCGAGGCGGCGUUCAACGCUGCCGAAAACCAGGUCAAGAGCUACCUGGCCUUUGGCAAGGAGAUGAUUUCCAUGUUCAUGUUCUUGACGCAGACCGUCCCAGAGGCGUUCUUGCUUCCCGAAAUGAUUGAUCGUCUGGCACCCAUGCUCGACCACAACCUUGUGCGCAUGGCCGGCCCCGACGCACAAAAGCUCAAGGUGAAGAAUGCCGACAAGUACGGCUGGAAUCCGCGCCAGUUUAUCGUCAACCUGGUGCAGAUCUUUUUGAAUCUCGCGCCCAAGCUGCCCGAUCAGACCAUUCGUCAAGAUUUUGUGCGCGCCAUGGCACGUGAUGGUCGCUCCUUCCAGCCCGACAUUCUGCGGAAUGCGGUCGACAUUUUGUCGCGCCACUCCCUUGCUCAGCCGGAUACCAUUGAGCAUUUUGCGUCCAUCGUCCAACUUGCUGAGGAUACUCUUGCGGCGGACAAGCGGACGGAAGUCGAUCUGGGCGAGAUUCCCGAUGAAUUCCUUGACGGAAUGCUGUUCUCACUGAUGACGGAUCCAGUGCUCCUGCCUGCUAGUCAGGUCGUGGUGGAUCGCAGCACGUUGAGGACACAUCUCAUUUCCAACGGCGAGUACGACCCGUACAACCGCACGCCGUUGACCAUGGAGAUGGCCGAGCCUCAAACCGAGCUCAAGCAGCGCAUUGAAGCGUUCAUUGCUUCUCGGAAGUCCGGAUCCCAGCCCAUGGCAGAGUAGUCGUUGUCUUGUUUUCGGUGUGUUUGUGUAUGGUGUCGUUUUGGCUUUUCUCUGCCGUUGGCGUUGUCAUCCACACGAAUGAACGAGAUUUGUCAGUGAGGA